AUGAAAUUAGUGCAGCUGAAGAUUUUUAAGCGCCUGGACUCAAAGCCUGCGACAGCCGGUGUCAUUAAGCGUCAUAACUGCCAUAACUUAAGUUCGCCAUCACUGCAGUAUCGAAUAGCUAUAGUGCAGAUUGUAACAAAUGAAAAAAUGGAAAACUAUAAGACGGCAAUGGGAUUUGCACGUCCAGUGAAUGCUGGUUCUUGA